AUGAAGAACUUUAUACAUAAACGAAAGAAUGAUAGCAAAUGCAUAAUCUUAAAAUUAGAGGAUAAUAUAUAUAUGGAAAAAAUGGAAUAUCAUAUAGUACCGCAAUAUUUUUUACUAAAUGAUAACAAUAAUAAGGAUGUUUAUUUUGUGUUAAAGAAGACGAAUUUAAAAAUAAAUGAGAAAACUCUAAUGAAUGGGAUAAUAGAGAAAAAAAUACAAAUGAAAAAGCAAGGGAUAAGCGAAAAUUUUGAGGGGAAACAUAACCUUUUGUCUGGGCAUGCCAACAGUGCCAAGUUCAACUUACACCCGUUAGUUUCUUCCACGAUGUGUGAUUACAUAUGUGAAGAAAAGGAAAAUGAAGGGAAAUAUACACUACUCAACUGUAAUAAAAAAGAGGAAAUAAAAAGUGAAUCAAGCAGGAAGAGUGUCGAAAAAGUUAUCAACCUGUUAGAUGAACAAAAAUCCAUGUUAGGAAAAAGAAAUUAUAUUUAUCUUACCUCUAGUACUAAAAGCAUCGAAAAAAAAAAGAAUGGCAACAUAUGCUGUAGAAAAGAAAAUAUUAUGAGUUUAUUAAAAAACUCGUCGAAAAAAUUUUUAUAUUCUGCAGAAAAAGUAAAACUUUUUAAAAAAAUAUUUUUUAAUACAAAAAGAAAAGAUGAUACAUUGAUUUGUGAUAAAAUGAUUGUAGCAGAUUGUCAAAAUAAAUGUACAAAUAGUGAUUAUACAGAACCACGAGGUUAUGUGAUCAACCGAAAAUGGGAAAAUACAAAGGAAAAAAAGGAGGGAAAUAACGAAAGAGAAAUAAAUGAAACAUGGAAACAAUUUUUUUUAGACAAGCUAAGCGAAAAAAGACAAAGCAUAUGCAGAAGGAAUAACACAUUAUUUCCUGAAGAAGACACACUCAAAAAUAACAAAAUGAAGGAUGAUGAAGAAUGUGUAAAGAGUAAAUCUGUUAUAAUCAUAUAUGAGGAUGGAAAAAAAAAGAUUUUAAAUAAAGGCAUAAAUGGUAAUAAGAAAAAACAUUAUCAUAUAAAAUAUGAAUAUAAAAAUAAAAACACAAAUCCAUUGAUUCCAAAUUUAAGUAACAAAAAAAAAGAAUAUGAUCAGUAUGGGAUAUUACAUGAAGAGGAAAAAAAAAUCAGAACAAAUAAGCGCCUGCUUUUAAGUAACACAAAAGAGGGAUUGUUCAAGCCAAAAGAAGUAAGAAAAAUGAGUAAGAAGAAAAAAAAUAGUUUUAACAUGCCGAAUAUAGAAAAAAAGGUUCAACAGAAAAUGCACCAAAGUGAUAAUAAUGGAUUCUUGGAGUAUUCCUCAUCAGGUAUAAACAUAAAACAGUAUAAUACUAGUAGGUAUAAAAGAAUAAAUAUGGAAGACGACAAAGCAGUUGACAAAUAUAGUUAUAAAAAAGAAAAACAGUUCUGUGAUGUUAUAAAGGACAAAAAUGGGAACCACAUUUUGUUUAAAAAAUCUGUACAUAUGGAUAAUAAGAACAAAAUAAAAAUAAGGAGUUUGGAUAACUCUAAAAAUAGUAAGAAAACAAUUGUACCCCAUGAGGAAAAGAAUGCAAUGAAAGGGAAAAAGAAAUUUUUUAUUAAAACGAAGGAAAACAAUAUGAAGGAAACAGUAGAAUAUAUGGAUAGUGACGAAUCUCGUACUAGCAUUAUUAUGCAGUAUAAUGCAAUUAAUGAGAGCUGUAAAGUGAGAAAAGAACAAAAUGAAGAAAUGAAUAACCUAAAUGGCAAUCCUAAAAAGAGAAUACAAAUCGAGCAGGCAUGGAAUCUCUGUGGAGACAAAAUAAAAAAUUGUGUUUACCAAGAAACUAUUGCUAAUAGGAAAGUUCACCACGAUUCAAACCAUGACAAAUGUUGGAUCAACAUCGAGAAUGUUGCUGAAUUUCAGAAAAGUGAACAGAUCUUAAUUAAUAAGACAAAUUGUAGAAAUCACUUCUACCUAAUUUGCAAAGAUGUUAAUGAAAAACUAGGGAACAAAACGAAGGACAUGUUUUACUUCUUUUACGAAAAAAAUAAGAAUAUAAACAGGAAGAAUGUAGCAUGUAUUGAAGGGAAACUGACAGAAGAGACAAGCAUAAAUGGGAUAAACCCAAAUAAGACAUAUUUUGAACGCACAGCAACAAAAAAUAAUACUACCUUUAACAUUUAUAGUAACAGAAAUGAAGAGGAAGAAGAAGAAGAAAAAUGUAGAAAAAAAAAAAAAAAAAAUUUUGAAAAAAAUAAAUUAAGAAUAAAAAAUUUUGUUAAUAAAAAUGAGAUAUUUAAUCUGUCUAGAAGAGAAGAUGAACAGAUGAAGAAUGAAAAGGAAAACAUACAAGUAAGCGACGUGUCAGAUAAAUUGCCAUCAUACAGUAUUGGAAUGUCGUAUGAUUUUAUUUGCCAACUUGAGAAAAUGAAUACAUGUACUAGUGUGAACGACUCAGACUAUAAUAAUGAGAUAAAUAAAAGUGUUAUCGAGAAAAAAAUAAAAAUGGAAGAAGUUUUAUCUGCAUAUCCAGUAGAACCAGAUUAUUCGGAAGGGAAAAAUGAAGCACACAAUAUUACGAAAAAAAAUGAAAUAACUGCUGCAGUGGAUAUAAGCACUGGCACAGUGAUCCUAGCAAAUCAUUUAACUAAGGGAAAAAUUGAUAAGAAUAUUAAAAAUAGUAUAAAUAUAGCAACAACAAAUAACAGCUUACAUGCACAUAAAGAAGGUUCAAACUGCCCAGAAGAGGAGCAUCUCACAAAUGAUAGAACUGAUGAAGACAGAAUAAUUUAUGAGCAAAUAAGUAAGACAGACGAUUCUAAUAAUUGUGUAAGAAUAGAAAGUGAGGAAACAAAAUAUGACAACAUCUUAUCUUACGAUAAACAGAAAUUAUUGAUGGAAGAUUUAGUAACCAGUAUAUCGAAGGAAAAUAAUUAUAAUAAUUAUUAUCAUAAAAAAAAACAAAAGCAUGAAGAGGGAAAUAAAAAAAAAAAGGAGAGAAUAAUUGGGAAGAAAAAUGAGGAUACUAAAAUGGAACACAAAAUAAAUAUGUUAGAAAAAAAGAAAAAAAAAUUUCGAUCAUAUUUUAUGAAAUUUAGAUCCUUUCUUUUUUUCCAGCACAGAAGGAUGAUUAAGACAGUGACGUCCCUCAGCACCGAAAAUGGAUCGAGAACAUUUAUUAAAAAAAAGAAAUUUAAUUUAAGAAGAAAAAGAAAAAUUAAAAAAUUAAAAAGUUUAAGGUUACUAAACAUGCACGGAUCUAAAAAAAUGGUAGAGAAUAACAGUAAUGUGAGGGUAGAAAAGAAACAUAGCGAAGAUUGUCAAUCUAGAGAAUAUUUAUUAGGACAACAAAGAGAAAAAGAAAAAGGAAGGAAGACCAUUGUCCUUGACUUAGAUGAGACACUUGUUCAUAGCACUCUAAAAGGAGAGAAGUACAAUUCCUUUAGGAUCGAUAUAGAAUUGGGCGAUGAACACUGUACAAUUUACGUGAAUAAGAGACCAGGUGUAGAAUACUUUUUUAAAGAAAUAUCGAAGUAUUAUGAAGUGGUAAUUUUUACAGCUAGUUUACCUAAGUAUGCAAAUGCGGUUAUUGACAAGUUAGAUGAAGAUAAUAUUUGUGCCUAUAGAUUGUUUAGGGAGUCAUGUACUUUUUGGAAUAAUAAUUAUGUAAAGGACUUGAAAAUACUAGGACGGGACUUAAAAAACGUUGUUAUCAUUGAUAAUUCAACCCUUGUUCAAAAAUUUUGCGAAGAAAACUGUAUCUUAAUUAAAAGCUGGUUUGACGAUCCAACUGAUAAGGAGCUUUACAAAUUAGUUCCUUUUUUAAAAAAAUUAUCAAAGAAGGUAUAA